GAAGGAAAAGCUGAUGCGAUGCUCUCAAUGCCGAGUUGCUAAAUACUGUAGUGCUAAGUGUCAGAUGGAAGAAAUGCCCUCAGAAUCGGAGAAACUUUACUCAUUUUAUGAUCUGGAGUCAAAUAUUAACAAACUGACUGAAGAUAAGAAAGAAGGCCUCAGGCAACUUGCCAUGACAUUUCAACAUUUCAUGCGAGAAGAAAUACAGGAUACUUCUCAGCUACCAUCUUCCUUUGAUAUUUUUGAAGCCUUUGCAAAAGUUUGUCUUGGCUGGGGGAGGAAGAGCGCAGUGCUUGAGUCUUGUUAUCUACCCUGGGAUACAUUCGACGGGGCAGGUGCACUCCCCUCAGUGCUGUGGAUCUACUAUCCCUGCUCUCUCAUAUUGUGUGUUUGGGUUUCUUUAAUAUUGAUCACAUUUGAAUAUCAAGUAAAAUUUUACAUUUGGAAGUGAUUUUGCCAUUUAUUUUGUAAUUCAUAAGCAUACAUUUAUUUAUUUA